CUAGGAAAUUUGCUCAUGUUGGCAGUGCAAAAGCCAGUUUGGCGCGUUGCUUGGCAAAAUUCGUUGGUGUCCGGCAAUUUUUAUUGUAAAAGCAUGUCUUGGUCUGUGGGUGCGAACGUGCUUGUGGCCAUCUCUGAACAGGAUGACCUGGCUGCCGGCAAGGUGUUGCACGAGAAUAAGAGCGGCACCGUGCGCAUCCAGCUAAAUGAUGGCUCAAAAAUCACCGUCGGACCCGACGAGGUCUUCGAAAACCCCAACAAGACCCCCAAGAGCCGUCAGCGUUCUCGCUCCCCCGCCCGCAAAAGCACUGGCAGCCGCGGCCGCAGUCCUGGACGUGGACGACCACCGAAGAGUGAAAAGAGUCCUGCUCGGGCCGCCUCUGCUGGUCGUAAGCGGUCAACCAGCAGGGGCCGCAAGCCUGCCACUACUCCUAAAACAAAGGAGGAGAAACCAGAAAAGGCCUCCACAGCCAAGAAAACAGCUGAAAAAAAGAAGCAGGAAGAGCCAACAGGUACCCCAACCAUGACUCUGCGCGUCCGUCGUUGGAACAAGGAUGAAAAUAUUGAUUCUGACACUGACGAGACAACCAAGCCUAAGAAGAAGAAUAAGGACGACAGCACUUCAAAACCGCAACUGGAGUGGGGUGGUACCAUUGGCGUGGUUUUGAUGUUUGCCGUCUUUGUCGGAGUCACCUUUGGCGCUCUUUUGAUGAUUCGAUCGGUGGCCGUGCCCCCAAAGGCCUCCUCAAAUGUCACAGAGCCCCAGGGCUCAUUCAAUCUGCGUGGAUUAGAUUGGCGCAAACUGGUCGCUCAGUGGCCUAAGUGGGACUGGAAUGCGGUCGGCCUGCUCUUAGGCUUCUGGGCCUUUGAGCUGUUGUUGGCUCUCCUGCCUGUUGGACCUAUUGAAAAUGCUCUGCCUGGAUCCACCGGACCUCGUCAAUAUCGUCGUAAUGGAUUUCUGGCAGCUGUAGUCACCGUGUCUGGCAUUCUUGGCCUUCGCCGCUAUGGAUAUGCACUGACCAAAGCCCAGCUUUUGGCUUACUUGCCUGUAUGGGCUGCUACUGGCACCAUUGUUGGAUUUAUUCUUGCCAUUUACUUCUGCUGGAAGGGUUAUCGUGUACCUGUCUCUCAGCAAAACCCUGCCGUUGCCUCUGCAGGCAAGAUCUACACUUUCUUUAUUGGAAAGCAAAUCAACCCUGUCAUUAGAACUUUCCAUGUGAAGAUGUUCUUCUUCAAACUUGGACUGACCAGCCCUGUGGUUCUGGCCCUUUUGAUUUAUCUGAAUUUUGAACCAACUGGCUACGCUCAACUAGUUUCCUUGGCUCUACCCUGCAUAUACUUGCUGGAUGCUUUGCUCUUUGAGCAGACCUUCUUGACCUCUUUUGGUAUUCAGACUGAAGGAUUUGGAUUUUUCUUCACAUCGAUGAUUGGAAUCUACCCUGCGCUUGCCAUGGUUAAUCCCCUCUAUGUCAUAACUGCUAAGGUUGAAAUGCAGACAUGGUGUGUUGUUUUCCAUUGUCUCGUCUUCACUGUUGGCCUGCUGAUCAACCGCCUGAGCUGCAACCAAAAGUACCGUUUCCGCAAGAAUCCCAUGGACCCUGCUGUUUCUCACUUGGAAACUCUGCCUACUGCCAGAGGCAAGAAGUUGUUGGUAUCGGGAUGGUGGGGACUUGUGCGUCAUCCCAACUAUUUUGGUGACAUACUGAUGCAAAUGUCCUUUGGUCUUAAUGCUGGAUUUGGACAUGCCCUGCCUUGGUUCUUGCCUGCUACCACCAUCCUGAUGUUUUUCCAGCGCGUUGGACAGGAUCAUCGUCACUGCCAGGCUAAGUAUGGAGAUGCGUGGUCGCGGUACUGCGAAAAGGUCAAGCAACGUGUGCUGCCAAAGAUCUAUUGAUCUGUUUAGAUCUCCCUUGAACUGAAAAGAAGAACAAACUGAAUCUACAAGAAGUAUUUUGGCCUCUCUACAUUUUUGUAUGUAAAACUAUUUGUCUCGAGUACAAAAAACUAUGCCUGUUUGGAAGCUCUGGUGGGUACCAGGCUUCCCAUUGCUACAUGAAGCCAUUUUUUUACAGAACUUUUGUGUUUGUGUGACUAUUUUUAUAAUGUAACUCUACGAGUAUGAGAGAUUUGAUCGCAAAGCAAUAUGAAGGAGUGUUUGAAUAUUUGACUUUAAGUCUGGCAAAUUUUGUCAUGAAAAUAAGCUUGUUUUUUUACGGUUUGUAAAAAUGUCAUAGACUUAACCUUACUGCAUGCAGGCAGAACCAAUAUAUUUACAUUAUUUGACCGAGAUUAUGGAAUGGUUAUGAACUUUCGGAACCAGGCUUUUUAACAUUAAAACGAUCUAAAGAAUGUCAACCAUUUUUAUGUGCAGAGAAUCAUUUUAACUAAUAAAUGAGAGAAUAAUAUAAUACCAUGGCGAUUUUUUUUAAACUUUGUGUUAGCGUCAUUAUUAUAUAGGACUUCAGACUUCAUUCAUCAUUGUAUUCUUGGGAUAUCAUUAAAAUUGUCUACAU